AUGAUUAGGUCUACCUUAAGUAGUUGGAGAGAAUAUUUAACUCCCAUAACACACAAAUCUACCUUUUUAACUACUGGUCAAAUAACUCCCGAAGAGUUUGUACAGGCCGGUGAUUAUUUAUGUCAUAUGUUUCCCACUUGGAAAUGGAAUGAAGGAUCUUCAGACGUCAGUUAUAGAGAUUUUUUGCCGAAGAAUAAACAGUUUCUAGUUAUUAGAAAAGUCCCCUGUGAUAAACGUGCCGAGCAAUGUGUUGAAGUUGAAGGGGCUGACGUAGACGUGAAAGAAUUUGCAGAAGAUGGAGACGAAGGAGACGUUUUGGAAUACAUAGGCUCUGAAACGGAACAUAUACAAAGUACGUCAGAGGGGGGGACAAAGGAUUUACCUAUCGAUGAUAUUGAUGAGCUAAUACAGGACAUGGAAAUCAAAGAUGACUAUGAAAAUGAGGAUGCAGAAAAACGUAAUGGUGCAAGUACUUUGUUCAAGGACAUAGCACAGGAAAGGUACUAUGAUCUUUACAUUGCGUACUCAACCUCCUACAGAGUCCCCAAAAUGUAUAUAGUGGGGUUUAAUGCCGAUGGCUCGCCACUGACCCCCGAACAGAUGUUCGAAGAUAUAUCACCAGAUUAUAGAACAAAGACGGCUACUAUUGAAAAACUACCAUUUUACAAAAAUUCAAUACUAUCAGUUUCUAUCCAUCCAUGUAAACAUGCUAAUGUGAUGAAAAUUCUGCUUGAUAAAGUUCGUGUGGUCAGGCAACGAAGAAGGAAAGAGCAGCAAGAAGAACAAGAAAUUGAUGGUGCUGGAGAUUGGGAGGAUUUACAGGACGAUAUCGAUGAUUCUUUACGCGUAGACCAAUAUUUGAUUGUUUUUCUAAAGUUUAUCACCAGUGUUACACCGAGUAUUCAACACGAUUAUACCAUGGAAGGUUGGUAA